AACCUCCAGACUGUCAAAAAAAAUAAAAAAAUAAAAAAUAAAAAAGAAAAAAAGAAAAUCACUUCCUGUCGUGGCCACCAUCAGAAAGCAGCAGUCGUGGCCCUGCACUACCCCAUGGCUAUGGGCCUCAACAAGGGCCACAAAGUCCACAAGCCAAGACACAGCCGGCGCUGCAGCAACACCAAGCACACCAAGUUUGUAUAGGGCAUGAUCCAGUGCACCAUGGAGUUGUUUGAAGUGUCCAAGGACACGCGCACACUCAGGUUCAUCAGGAAGAGGGUGGGCACGCACAUCCGGGACAAGAGAAAGUGGGAGGAGCUGAGCAAUGCGCUGGCAGCCAUGAGGAAGGCGGUGACCAAGAAGGAUUGAUGAACCCUCUCCCAAUAAAAGAUGGUUCCUACAAAAAAUAAAAUUAAAUAAAAAUCAAACAGCUCAGUGGGACACACCUAGCAUGAAGAAGCCUUCAUCAUUUCAUAAAAUGGGUGUGGUACUGUAUGUCCACUACCUUAGCACUUAGGAGGGUGGAGGCAGGAGAAUCAGGAGUUUCAGAUCUUCUUUAAGUGACAUAAUGAUUUUGAGGCCAUCCUGAGAUAAAUUAGACUCUGUCUCACAAAAAGGGGCGGGAUGCUAGAAGAUGAAGCCAGAUGAGGUGGCAUGUGCUUGAAAUCCCAGAGCUGGGGAAGUCUUAGAGAUGGUUGCAUCCCUGGGGCUCACUAGCCAACCAGCCUAGGCUGCUUGGAAAGUUCUAGGCCAAUACGAGAUCCUGUCUCAGAAAUAGGGGUAGGAGGCAGGGAAGUGGCUCAGAGGGAAAGGAUACCACUAAAGAGCCUGACAACCUGAGGUCUAUCCCCUGGGACCCACA